AUGGAUCUCGACCUCAUCAUAAUCCGUUAUAGUAUGCUUGGUUUCCUCGUCAUGCUUCUUGUCCUCCCCCUCUGGGAUAGGCUUUUCCUGCCGUUCAUCAGGUCCCGGAGAAUCCACGAGCCUGAGCUGGGAGGAUCGUCAGAUUUUGAACAAGAUUCUGAAGAAGAUGAGAUUGAGACGAUAGUGCAGGUGAAGAGGCUAUCCCAAACACGGUUUCAUCUGGCAUUAGAACAGCUCCCACCUCUGACGAACUACAGAAGCCGCAGCAGCAGCCCAGGAACAUCCAUAUAUGGCGGCUGCCCCAUAUGUUUGGAGGAUUUCGAGGAGGGAGAGUCGUGUCAGGUUAUUCCAGAGUGCAACCAUAUUUUCCAUUGGCCAUGCAUUGCAGAAUGGUUGAUGGAGAAUCAGACAUGUCCAGUUUGUCGUCGCUUGCUUUUACCCAGAAAGAAAGCAUAUAAAUUUCCAAUUCCUUCUUACUGA